AUGAUUUAUUUUGCGAGAUUCAAGUAUCUUAUCUUGGCUGGAUUAUUACUAUUAAUUUCCAAAGGUCAGUUUAGCUUGGUAGUUUUCAUCUUUAUUUGCCCUGUUAUCCUCUUAUUAGGAUGUUCAUUCUUACUAUCGUUAACCUUCCCAAUUCGUGAGAAAAGAUCCCCAGUAAAGCUGAAUGCUGGAAAUUUUAAAGCGGUUUCUACCCCGUACCGCUCGUCAGCUAAAUUAUUUCCGGCCAAUCCAGAAAUAUCAGGUGAAUGCAGGGAGAUAGCUUCCCUUAUAGUGCGAGAUUAUAUCAUACAUUGGUUUCAGAGAAUUGACCCCGACUUCACUUCCAGCUUUCCAGAUGAAGUUCAGUAUGAGUUAUUAGAAGUUAUUACAGUAAUCGGGGACCUCCUCUCUGAUCACGAUAUUACCAAUCUGCUUUUAUUAAAGCUCACACCGUUACUGACAAAGUACCUCGCCAGCUAUCACGUCGCCAGAGAAAAGGUGCUAAGUGUAAUCUCGAGGAAGGAUGGGAAAAGCAUUGAAUGGGAAAUUGCUCUCGAACUUAGUAGGAACCAUCAACUACACAAUACAGAGUGUUUUUUACACCAGUUUGAUGAUGUUGAGAUAGAAAAAAGUUUAAGACAGAAAGUUGCCAGAUUGCUACCUCAUCUGAUAACCGAACGGGAGCUUGAGUCUUCCUUUGUGUUUGUAUUAGUACGUGAAAUUAUCACGACUAAUGUUCUCACACCAGCAUUUGCAAAGUAUACUGAUCCUGAUGUUUGGAAUGCCGCAAUAAUUCGCUUGGGAAGGAAAAUCUUGAAGGAGAGGACACAAAUUCAACAGGUGAGAAACAUUCUAACCAGAGAAUUAACCGAGUCUACAAAUAAAUUGAACGAUUAUAACGAUGUGAGCAAUAUAGAUCCUUGUUCCAUCACAUUUGAUCUGACAGUUUCAUGCACUGGCAGAGAGUUUGAAUCUUAUCUGAGACAGCUGACUCUUUUAGCAACACUUAGUGAUUUAAGAGCGACAAAAUUUGCUCUUGCUGUAAAACUUCUAGCUCUGGAACAGAAAAAGACAGAAGAUAAGUCAGACAAAAGAGAAGUAACUUUCAAAAAGAGGCUGGUAAUUUCACUAAAUAUUAUAGACACAAAGCUCAAGUACUUGAAGCCUUCAACACAGCCAGAUAUUGAUACAGAGUGGUUUGACGAUGAUACAAUUGUGAGGGAACUAAAGACGUUUCUAAGAGAAAUUAUACUAGACAACACAUUUGUCCACGACCCUACAUCUUUAUCAUAUUUCAGGAGGUUUUUGAAAAUGAAUGAGGAUUCAAAGUCACUAUUGUAUUUGGACUUUCAUCAAAUGGUAGAUUCACUUAAGGACCCAUUGGAGGAUGCAGGAACAGAGAAUAUAGCCAUACGCUAUACUGAUAGGGAAUCAACUCAACUGAAGCAUAUUAGAGAAAGCUUUUUUACUGACUCGAAUUUGCAAUCCAUGAGGGAAUUGGAUGACGGCUUGGUAAAUAAUGUGCUUUUAUUCACAGAGAAGGUUACUGAAUCGCAUUCUAGCGGCUUCGUUUUGGUGAGGAAAAGUUUGUUACUUUUGCAAAGUGAAGCGCUGAGUGUCAUGAAUCAAGAUACGUUUUCAAAAUUUAAGAACUCGAAUAUGUUUUUGAAGAUGGUCGCUUCUCCGCAAUUCAUAUCUUCAGAGGUAUACAUCGAAUAUUUUGGAUCGAAAGUAAAGAAGAAUGCGGACAUAUACACAGAUAAUCGAGAACCAGUGAACAAUGUACAGAUAUUCUCUAAUCCUGGCAUCAAUGAUGCCCUUGAAAAGAUUGUUAAUGGCCAGGAUAAAUUUGAUAUCAGGCAAAAUUAUGCGGCACAAAAUAGCAUAAACAAUCCACCAUUUUUUAAGUCUACGGGAUCUGCGGAAGCAGAUAAAAAAACAUUUCAGUUUAGUGACAGUGAUGUCGAUCUGUUUGAUGACUUCCCCUCGAAUCGUUCAUUACCCAGAGAGGCACAUAAAGACCGACUCCCCUUAGCCGCAAGAGAUUAUGACGAAGGAAACAGUUUUGAAAGGAAUGACUUUCUCAACUCUUUCAUGAAUAACACGGUGCAAGACACAUCGGAUCUGAGACAAGAAAUCGGUCAGCUUACCAAAAAUAUCGAACAAAUACGGAAAGAGUUAGACCUUUUGAAACACUGCAUUUUGAAGGCUGAUUUAAUGAACAAUCAACAGCAGUUGAAGCUUUUGAGUAAGUCCCAGGCUGCACUUUAUCGCGAUUUGGAGAAAAAAGAGUUACUAAGGCAACAGUUUAUUGUACAAGAAAAUGCAAGUAGCUUGUUUGGUAAUACUAAGAUUGGGAUCAAAACAUACUUCACAAACAAGCAGACUACAGGUCUAAGGGAUAUAGUUUAUUACGUUGUAAAUGUUGAUCAUAUCUAUAACGAUCAAGUGAGCUCGUGGGAAGUGCCGAGAAGGUAUAGCGAUUUUUACGAACUCCACAAACAUUUGAAAGCAAAGUACCCAUCGGCUAUGAAAGAAAUAAAACACAUAGCCUCAUUUCCAUCUAAGUCCUCUGUAAGUUGGACACUAAAGUCCCCCCAGGCAUCGUUCAUAGAGUCUCGACAAAUUAAGUUCGAAAAGUAUAUGAAAGCUUUGCUAAAUUUUCCUGUCAUUUGCGAAGAUGUUGCGUUUAGAAAGUUUUUAACUGGGGCAGGUUACUUGGAAGCAUCAUCGGAGGACUUUAAAAAAAAGAAUCAUCUUAAUCCUGUAGCGCUAAGCACCUCACAGAGCAAUUCUGAAACGUCCACCGUCAAAUCAUUCUCCGUCUCUAGCAACCAAGUGGAUCCCACCAACGUAGCAGAGGAACCGCAGAACCGUAAUUCUACCACAGAUUCCAACAAUAUUCACCAGUCUAUUCUCAAACCUAUAUGUGACCUGUUUAUCACAACUUUUGCACUGGAUCAAUCAAGCUCGAUUUGGUUGCGGGGCGGCGCGUUUAUUCUGGUGUUCCAGCAACUACUGGGUGGAGCAGCAGAAAAAUACAUCCGAAAUACAAUUGAGGAUUCUAUAUCGGCUGAGCAAGUCCACAAAAGGCUAGCUUCGUUAAAAGAGACGCUGUGGGGAGAACAUGGCUAUUUGGCGGCUCGCAAGCAGAGAGACGCACCACCUGUACGGACUGCACUUCAAAAGAGGCAGACGGCAAGAAAGGCCCGAGUAAUGCUGUCAGCAGUACUCCUGGACAUGUGUAGGAAGGUUGUUGGGGCUAAACAUGCACAGGAAGCAUCAACGAGAAUUUACUCGUUCCUACAAAACAAAUACGUUUUGCAGUCCUUCCUGUUAUCUGCAAUCGACAUUAUAUUUGAUGAAAUUGUCGCAAAUUCAAGCAAUUGA